AUGAAUCACAGACUCAUUUUCAUCUUUUUGAAAUGUUAUGUGAUGAUGUUGAUACAUUGUUGUACAAUGAUCUAUUAAUUAAUGAUAUAGUUGAUCUUGGAUCUCCUCAGUUCUCACUGAAUGAAGAAGAGCAGAAUAUUCUUAUAGGUGAAAGGAGUUCUAUAAAGAGUGACUAUACGCGUUGGGUUGAACAAGAAUAUGAAAGAGAUGAUCUUUUACUGAAAAUAAAAUUGAAUAUUUUUCGUCAAGUUUCUAAUGUGUCAGAGAGUUCUCUUGUUGAAGCUAUCGUACACUUAAUCAAGGCUUCUUUACGCCGGUUACCACUUGAAUAUGAUAUUAAUGUGGUUAGAGGUGAAAAACAAAGCAUUGCUAGCAAGAAUCAGAAGGUGUUAGAGGAAAGUGGAUCAAGAGGAGAGCAUCUUUGA